AUUAAAUAUUACAUAUAUAUACACAUGUAUAACUUUUGAUUUCCGUUUGGAUUUUUGAUACGUCGCAACUUUUCGUCACCUCAACUCAAAUGUACGUUUCCAGACGGCAUCACGCACAAACCCAUGUUGGAUUAUAAUUUAUACCCUUAAAUUUGGGGGCUACAAUGCGGCCAGAAAUAUACAAUGUUACUACAGUUCAUGCUGCUCAAUGUCAGGAUUAUUUUUAUACUGAUGGUAAUGCUUGCUCUUGUAUCAACAACAUGUGCAAAGAAAACGGAAUACAUCUUAACACUCAAGACCCACAACAAUCGGGCGCUGCAUAUCAAUGCGCACGGCCGGGUAACAGCCGAGGAUAUAUCACUGGCACAAUCCUUCACAAUGGACAGUGUUGGCGAUGUACUCAGCGAGGAUUUCAAAAUCACCAUCUAUGCCAAGGAUGUGGACUACUAUUUGUGCUUUGCCCAAGGCAAACUUGUUGGAAAGAGAAACGUCACAAACGACUGCCACUUCAGAGAGUCAAUGGAUCAUGGCUAUUAUCAGUAUACAAAUGCCUACAAUCCGGUGCUGCGAGUAGGAAUCAAGCGAAACUUUCGCCCGAUUGGGCCAAGGGAUAUGAAUAAGUUGCAUCGACAUACCUGUUUCCUAUUCUAUCGCGAGAAGGCCGAACAUUUCCACAGCAAUUUGGCCAAUUGGAAAAGCAAGGCGACAACAACAAAGGGAACGACAACAACUAGUAGCACGACAACAACAACUACAACUACAACUACAACGACAACAACAACAACAACGUUGAGCCCAGUGGCAGGGACAAAACGCGCACGUGGCAAGCCGCAGCGUCGCCCGCAGCCAACAGCAGCAACAACAACAACAACAAAAACAAGUAUUAAUAGCGAUAGUUCUUCUAACAACAACAACAAUAGCAACAACAGCAACAAAAACAAAAACAAAAACAACAACAACAACAAUAGCCUUAAGUCCCACAAGCAAGCCAACAACAAUGCGUUGGAAGAUGCGCUGCGCGAACAGCAGAUCAUCAAGCGCAAUCAGCAACAUCAGCGACGCGUGCAGCAUCGCCGCCGGCAGCGGCAACAGCAUCGAAAGCAACAUGCCAAGGCCGCCGGCGCCAUGCUGAAGCCGCAGCCCAAGAAUCUGGUCGGGCGUCAUCAUCACAACAAUGCAACGCUGCUGGAGCGUCGUCGACGCCGGCGCCUGCAGCGACGCCGCCAGCAACUGGAAGAUCAGCAGCAACAGCAACAGCAGCAACGGGAGCAACAUUCCGCCGAGCAGCAGCUGCCAACAGCAUCGUCCUCCUCAUCGUCCUCCUACACAGCGACAGCGGCGUCGACGGCGCUGACAGCAACCGCUUCGCUGGCGCCCUCGGCCCUCAAUUUGUUUGCCAUGCUGGCGGCGAGUCAACGCAAGCGCGGACGCCGAAAACGUGAGGCAGCGGCAGCAGCGGCAACGGCGGCAACGAGCGGUGCUGCUGGCAUGGAUAUGCAGCUGGUGGAGACGCCGUCGCAGCAGCAGCAGCAACUGCAACAACUGCAGCAGCAGCAGCAGCAGCAGGAGCAGAAGCAGCAGUCACAGGGUGCGCAGCAGCAACAAAAUGAAUACUCAAAAGCCUAUGUUAAUAGUAACUUAAACUUAAUGCUAAAACAUAAACUAAAUGUAGAACUUAAUUUAAAUAGUAAUAGCCCUAAUGUUAAUAAUGCAAUACCUGCCUUGCCAAAAAACUACAACUACUUGUACAGUAACGAGCAUUAUAAUAUGAAUACUAAAAGUAGCACGACUGAUUCUAGUAGUUUAGACACUAGCACUAAGUUCGAUAGUCCAAAUAGCCAUAGCAAUAGCCAUAGCCGUAGCCAUAGCCAUAGCCAUAGCCAUAGCCAGGGGGGCAACCUGAGAAGGGGCGUUGUUCAAUUCAAUUUCAAUGAGAACAUUGACAAUAAUCUUAAGCAAUUGAUAAACGAUCGAAUUGAUAGCAGCAGCAGCAGCAGCAGCAGCGACAGCGAAGACAGCGCAGCUGUAGCAACUGUUGCCGCUGCGACUGCAACAGCAACUGUUGUUGUUGUUGCGCCCAAUCGCAAUCAUAUUGUUGAGCAUAAUAUAAGCGACGAUAGCCAUAGCAACAACAACAACAACAACAACAACAGUAACAAUAGCAACAGCAAUGACAGCCAGAAAGCAGACAGCAACUACUUCGGACUAGAAUUGCAACAACAGCAGCAGCAGCAGGAACAGCAGAUACAACAACAACCUAAUAUUAAUAACUAUAAUGCAAAUAUUAAUGUUGUUUACAAUAAUCGCAACGAUAAUAAUGCGGCGCUGCAGCCCAAUCAUAACCAUAAUAGUAAUUAUAAUGAGCAACUUGCGAAUGACGAUGAAACGAUACGAAUUCAAAAUAAAUAUGAAACACAUGUAGUACAAUACAAACCUGACGUAUUCAUUUCAAAGCGGUUGCUUUGUACUUUUUUUCUUAAUCCUAAUAAUGGCUUGACGCCAAAAAUAAGCGUCAGGAUACUCAAGGAUACGGACAAUAUAAAAAGGAUUCGCCAGGAUUCCCAAUGA